GGCCUAGCUUUGACUUAGAAGAUAAGGAGGUAAGGAUAAGGGCUCAAUCAUGUACUGCUAAUAAUAAUUGGCUAACAAUUAUUAAACUCUUAUCAAUUUAUUUCAAUCUUAUUUCAGCUACUGUGCCAAGUCAUUUACAUGUGUUUAUUUAAGUCUCACAACAACUCUAAACUGCUGCUGUUGUCCCCAUUUUACAGAUGAGAUAAGCAAGACAUUGAGAGCUUAAUUUGCUAAAUGACACAGCUAUUAAGUCCCAGGGCUGGGAUUUAAACCCAGGCAGUUUAGCUUCAGAACCUACAUACAUAACCAUAAUAUGCUGUCUCUACUCUCCAUGGUUUCGGGCACUAUGCUGGGCCAUCCUUUUCAGUAACUUAAAUGCCAACGAAUUCUCAUAACUGCAAGGCAAUAUCAAUAAUUUAUUUUUAUAGAUAAGGUAACUGAAGGCCUAAAGAAAUUAAUAACUUGCUCAUGAUACAUAGCUAAUCAGUGCCAGACCUGGGAAUUUCCUUCAAGCCAUUAAGGAGUCUACUUCUCUUCCAUCACUCCAGGAAAUUAAAGUUUAUUAUAUUUUAAUUCAAUUUGGUUCAGCCAUGCUAGCACACCCUUCCAUUAUAGGUAAUAGAGAAUUGACUGCAUUACAUGAAAUGUUCUACAUCAACAGCAGUAGCAGUACCAUUCGUUUCAUACAAAGUUUGAAAGCAGUGACCAACAUUUGCUCUCUGACUUGUAUCCCUUCCAUCUCCCAAAACCUCAUAAGAUACAUAGAAGACAGAAAAGGGUUUGCGCCACAGGAUGUGAAAGGCCUUGUCAGAACUGGAUAUUGACCUUUUGCCUAAGUUACCUUGCAUACUCUGAUAUGAAAAGUUAUCAUAUGACUCAAGCAAAGUCCAGACGGGGAGUCAAAGUGCUAAUCUCUAACAGUAAUGUGUACAGAAUGGCCAUUUUCUCCCUUGAUGGUCAAAGAAAGCAUGUAAGUCAGCAAUUACAUAACAAACCACGGCAAAACUUAAUGUCUUAAAUUUUUUUUAAUUUAAAAAGAUUCUGUGAAUUGACUGUUUCUUCUGGUACUACCUAGAGUCACAUGGAACUGUAUUCAUCUGAUGACAGAGGAGGGGUCCCUGGCCUGUCAGGAGGACCAUUGGUGCUGCAGUGGAAGCCAGCGGCUAAGUCUUGUGUAUGGCGUGGUUAAGGUUGCAGCCUCUCACCUCUGCCUUCCUCCAUUUUGGGCUGAUUACCUUUGUGCUCUUCCUGAAUGGUCUUCGGGCAGAGGCUGGCGGCUCAGGGGAUGUGCCCAAUACAGGGCAGAACAAUGAGUCCUGUACAGGGUCAUCGGACUGCAAGGAGGGUGUCAUCCUGCCAAUCUGGUACCCAGAGAACCCUUCCCUUGGAGACAAGAUUGCCAGGGUCAUUGUCUAUUUUGUGGCCCUGAUAUACAUGUUCCUCGGGGUGUCCAUCAUUGCUGAUCGCUUCAUGGCAUCUAUUGAAGUCAUCACUUCUCAAGAGAGAGAGGUGACUAUCAAAAAGCCCAAUGGAGAGACCAGCACAACCACCAUUAGGGUCUGGAAUGAAACUGUCUCCAACCUGACCCUUAUGGCCCUGGGUUCCUCUGCUCCUGAGAUCCUCCUGUCUUUAAUUGAGGUGUGUGGUCAUGGGUUCAUUGCUGGUGAUCUGGGACCUUCUACCAUUGUCGGCAGCGCAGCCUUCAAUAUGUUCAUUAUCAUUGGUAUCUGUGUCUAUGUGAUCCCCGAUGGAGAGACUCGCAAGAUCAAGCACCUACGAGUCUUCUUUGUCACUGCUGCUUGGAGCAUCUUUGCCUACAUCUGGCUCUAUAUGAUCCUGGCUGUCUUCUCUCCUGGUGUGGUCCAGGUUUGGGAAGGCCUCCUCACUCUCUUCUUCUUUCCAGUGUGUGUCCUUCUGGCCUGGGUGGCAGAUAAGCGACUGCUCUUCUACAAAUACAUGCACAAGAAGUACCGCACAGAUAAACACCGAGGAAUCAUCAUAGAGACCGAGGGUGACCACCCCAAGGGCAUUGAAAUGGAUGGGAAAAUGAUGAAUUCCCACUUCCUUGACGGGCACCUCGUGCCCCUGGAAGGGAAGGAAGUGGAUGAGUCCCGCAGGGAGAUGAUACGGAUUCUCAAGGAUCUGAAGCAAAAACACCCAGAGAAAGACUUAGAUCAGCUGGUUGAGAUGGCCAACUACUAUGCUCUCUCCCAUCAGCAGAAGAGCCGCGCCUUCUACCGGAUCCAAGCCACCCGUAUGAUGACUGGCGCGGGCAAUAUCCUGAAGAAGCAUGCAGCAGAACAAGCCAAAAAGACCUCCAGCAUGAGCGAGGUGCAUGCUGAUGAGCCGGAGGACUUUGUCUCCAAGGUCUUCUUUGACCCGUGCUCUUACCAGUGCCUGGAGAACUGUGGGGCUGUGCUCCUGACAGUGGUGAGGAAAGGCGGGGACACGUCCAAGACCCUGUAUGUGGACUACAAAACAGAGGAUGGUUCUGCCAACGCGGGGGCUGACUAUGAGUUCACAGAGGGCACGGUGGUUCUAAAGCCAGGAGAGACCCAGAAGGACUUCUCUGUGGGCAUCAUCGAUGAUGACAUUUUUGAGGAGGAUGAACACUUCUUUGUGAGGCUGAGCAACGUUCGCAUGGAGGAGGAGCAGCCCGAGGAGGGGAUGUCUCCCAGAGUACUCAAUAGUCUGCCCUUGCCUCGGGCUGUCCUGGUAUCCCCCUGUGUGGCCACAGUCACCAUCUUGGAUGAUGACCACGCGGGCAUCUUCACUUUUGAAUGUGACACUAUUCAUGUCAGUGAAAGCAUUGGUGUCAUGGAGGUCAAGGUUCUGCGGACAUCAGGUGCCCGGGGCACAGUCAUCGUCCCCUUUAGGACAGUAGAAGGGACCGCCAAGGGUGGUGGUGAGGAUUUUGAAGACAUAUAUGGGGAGUUGGAGUUCAAGAAUGAUGAAACCGUGAAAACCGUAAGGGUUAAAAUAGUAGAUGAGGAGGAAUACGAAAGGCAAGAGAAUUUCUUCAUUGUCCUUGGUGAACCGAAAUGGAUGGAACGUGGAAUAUCAGAGGUGACAGACAGGAAGCUGACUGUGGAAGAAGAGGAGGCCAAGAGGAUAGCAGAAAUGGGAAAGCCAAUAUUGGGUGAACACCCCAAACUAGAGGUCAUCAUUGAAGAGUCCUAUGAGUUCAAGACUACCGUGGACAAGCUGAUUAGGAAGACAAACCUGGCCUUGGUCGUGGGGACCCAUUCGUGGAGGGACCAGUUUAUGGAGGCCAUCACUGUCAGUGCAGCAGGGGACGAGGAUGAGGAUGAGUCGGGCGAGGAGAGGCUGCCUUCCUGCUUUGACUACGUCAUGCACUUCCUCACGGUCUUCUGGAAGGUGCUGUUUGCCUGCGUGCCCCCCACAGAGUACUGCCACGGCUGGGCCUGCUUCGUUGUCUCCAUUCUCAUCAUCGGCAUGCUCACCGCCAUCAUCGGGGACCUGGCCUCCCACUUCGGCUGCACCAUUGGCCUCAAGGACUCAGUCACGGCUGUUAUUUUUGUGGCAUUUGGCACCUCGGUGCCAGAUACAUUUGCCAGCAAAGCGGCUGCCAUCCAGGACGUGUACGCAGACGCCUCCAUCGGCAACGUCACGGGCAGCAACGCCGUCAACGUCUUCCUGGGCAUUGGCCUGGCCUGGUCCGUGGCCGCCAUCUACUGGGCCCUGCAGGGACAGGAGUUUCACGUGUCGGCCGGCACACUGGCCUUCUCUGUCACCCUCUUCACCAUCUUCGCGUUCGUGUGCAUCAGCGUGCUCUUAUACCGCCGGCGGCCCCACCUGGGCGGGGAGCUGGGCGGCCCUCGUGGCUGCAAGCUGGCCACAACUUGGCUCUUUGUGAGCCUGUGGCUUCUCUACAUACUCUUUGCCACGCUGGAGGCCUACUGCUACAUCAAGGGGUUCUGAGUCACAGAACGAGGCCUCCGGCCGGGCAGGCCUGCAGCUUCUCCCCAGAGAAGGGCAUGUCCCCACCCAUGACCUCUGGGGGAUGAGCCAUACCCCGGAGAGGCAGCCUCAGGACCUGAGCCGCAGGAGCAUCACCGGACUGGGCCCCGGCAGUGAACUGAAAGGGCAGAGUCCAUCCGUCCAGUGGAACAGACAAAAUACCCACUUGGCAAAAUAUUUAAUUCAAUCCACACCAACGACAGCAACAGAUCCACCUCCAGCCUGUCUUCCCGCCGUGUCCCUGACCCAUAGCAAAGUCAGACCCUCUCGCCACCUUCUCUUCCACCUUCUUCUGACUAUUCCUUUGCUUUCUAACUUUCCUUGGCGGGGGGACAGGAUUUCUCCUGUCUGUCCAGUUUAACACAUCACCAUCCUCUCACUCCGCCCACGAGGCGUGAAAAUGAGUCCUGUCCCCGUGGCUGGCUCGGGGAUCUCUGUUCAUCAUCGUCAGUAUCAUGGUUGCUUUCGUUUUCCCACCAGGUUUUGCUCAUCAUUUGUGUGUCCACCUUGUCUUUUCUCUCUGAGGUUAGUGAUGACGGUGCUGCGAAGGAGCUCAAGGUCUGAGCCGACGGGCAGAGGCCUGAACUUUCAGACACAUCCUUUCCCCGACUCUCCCUGGGUAACCUCUGUCUCCUGCUCCAUCAAGUUCCUGUUCCCUUUCUCCUUUUAUCCUCUGCCUUCUUGAAUGGACUGUGGUGUCUGGGUGGUGGUAAGUUCGCACACCCGCGAAGGCUGGAGCAGGAACAGCUUUAUCUCAAGCUUCUGUCAAGAUCCAGUUUACAACAAGAAGUCCUUGUUCUCUUCCCUGCCCAAGCCUUUCAGAUUCUGUCUGUCUCACUGCAUCAGUGUCUGGAUGUUUACCCCUCUGCAGGAAGACCCACCAAGCAGGAGCUAGGGGAUGAAAAUAGAAAUAGAAUAUGAUGACAGAGGGCAGCUAGGAAAGCAGAAGAGCUAUAUGCCUUCUAGUACAUCUCUGGCUUUGCAUCUGAGGCAGGAGAGAAGCGAUGUCCACCUAGUGGGAUCUGUAGGGAAAAGAUUCUAUUGAAAAUGUCAGUGAUUCUGAGAGAUGUCAGCUUCACCACUCCCUCACUUCCUAGCGCACCAGACUAAGAGCUUUGACUCUAUUUCUUGAUUUCCUGCAAAAACUUAGAAGUUUAUAAGAAAAUGAGGGCUUCACGUCUCCUGGACUCUUGGGUCAUGUUUGAAAGGAUUUUCACAGGACAGGGAUUGGAAUUCCUCAUCUCUCCCACAUUCCUGCUUGGUUUUAAACCUCUUGAAACUCUUUUUCCAGCCUGUGGGCUAUUUCUUGCCCCAGUAGGAGGAAUCUUAGCUGCCAUAAUUCCAUGGAGCCUGGGUUUAUAGAGAGAUUGCCAUGCCCUACAGACCUUUUCCCAACAAAUUUUGAAAGAACCUGGCUUUAAAACACACACACACACACACACACACACACACACACAUAUAUAAUCACCAAAAGACUGCCCACAGAUCUUUAGGCUUUCUGCAUUGACAUAAAUACAUUUUUUAAGGGAAAAGAAGAAAUGAAAAACACCUGUUUAAUUUUAAACACAUUUUUUAAGAAAACAAAUAACUGAAAAAGAAACCGUGUUCAUGUCAUAAGCUAUGUUGACAGUUGCCAGUGGAAA